GUAAAAUUACAUUGAAACUUAUGUCCCAAAUUUUAUUAAUCAAAAUUGUUCUGGUAGAAUGUUUAUUCAAGAUAAGAAAUAGAGACCAGAGAGUUGAAUUAACCCUUUGUUGGAGUGUUGACAACAACAGAGUUAAUAAUUGUUGAUAAUAUCUAAAUAAUCUUUUAUAGGAUGAAUUUGUAUUCCUUCUUUUCCCCCUAAAAAAGGAGAACAUGCGAUUGCUUAGUUAGGCCGAAUAUUUUUCCCUUAUCUUUCCCUCAUGAAAGCUUAGUGUUCAAGCAAGGGUGAUUCUACUACAAAAAGCUGCAGCUGUUGAGACGUGAAGGAAAGUGGACAUUGAUGGAGAAGGUCCAUCUCACAUGCGGUUCUGAAAAAUAUGGAGAAUGGUUCUUUAAUUAUAUUGAUGAACCAUCACCUUUUUGUCCUCCUAUUACACCCUACUGUUUUUCAUUUUUACAUAUACACCUCCACAGCUAUAAAAGAAAGAAACCGAAACAGAGAAACUGAACAUUGGGAGGGAGAGGCGUCUUAAUAAACGCUAACCACCUUCUUCUUCAUCCUUCCAUUUCCAUUUCCAAAAUGAGAGAGUGCAUUUCCAUUCACAUUGGUCAGGCCGGCAUUCAGGUCGGAAAUGCUUGCUGGGAGCUUUAUUGCCUCGAACAUGGCAUUCAGGCUGAUGGGCAGAUGCCAAGUGAUAAAACCAUAGGGGGAGGUGACGAUGCUUUCAAUACAUUCUUUAGCGAGACUGGUGCUGGAAAGCACGUGCCUCGCGCAGUUUUCGUAGAUCUUGAGCCUGUCAUUGAUGAAGUGAGGACCGGCACAUACCGCCAACUCUUCCAUCCUGAGCAGCUCAUUAGUGGAAAGGAGGAUGCAGCAAACAACUUCGCUCGUGGCCACUAUACUAUUGGGAAAGAGAUAGUUGAUCUUGGCUUGGACCGUAUCAGAAAGCUUGCAGACAACUGCACUGGUCUCCAAGGUUUUCUGGUUUUCAAUGCUGUUGGUGGUGGCACUGGUUCGGGUCUUGGUUCCCUUCUCCUGGAACGGCUUUCAGUGGAUUAUGGAAAGAAAUCCAAGCUAGGUUUCACUGUCUAUCCUUCACCACAAGUUUCAACCUCUGUGGUGGAGCCUUACAACAGUGUCCUUUCCACCCAUUCCCUUUUGGAGCACACUGACGUUGCUGUGCUGCUUGACAAUGAAGCCAUAUAUGAUAUUUGUAGGCGUUCCCUUGAUAUUGAGAGACCUACAUACACUAACCUUAAUCGCUUAGUUUCUCAGGUGAUCUCAUCGUUGACCGCAUCUCUGAGGUUUGAUGGUGCCCUUAAUGUUGAUGUUACUGAAUUCCAGACUAACCUUGUUCCAUAUCCUAGGAUUCACUUCAUGCUUUCAUCCUACGCUCCCGUUAUUUCAGCGGAGAAAGCAUACCAUGAGCAAUUGUCAGUUGCUGAAAUCACAAACAGUGCGUUUGAGCCAUCCUCUAUGAUGGCCAAGUGUGAUCCUCGGCACGGCAAGUACAUGGCUUGUUGUCUGAUGUACAGAGGUGAUGUGGUCCCUAAAGAUGUUAAUGCAGCUGUAGCUACUAUUAAGACCAAGCGUACUAUCCAAUUCGUUGAUUGGUGUCCCACUGGAUUCAAGUGCGGUAUCAAUUAUCAGCCUCCAACUGUUGUUCCAGGGGGUGAUCUUGCCAAGGUGCAGAGGGCAGUGUGCAUGAUCUCCAACUCCACUAGUGUUGCUGAGGUUUUCUCGCGCAUUGACCACAAGUUUGACCUUAUGUAUGCCAAGAGGGCAUUUGUGCACUGGUAUGUUGGGGAGGGCAUGGAAGAGGGUGAGUUCUCCGAGGCUCGUGAAGAUCUUGCUGCCCUUGAGAAGGAUUAUGAGGAGGUUGGUGCCGAGGCUACUGAAGGUGAUGAAGGGGAGGAUGGAGAUGAGUAUUGAUUAGGAAGUUUGCAGUUCCUUCUUUUAUGUACUUUAUUUUUCCUGUUGGUGUUCUUUUAUGUAUUUUCCUUGACUUCACUUUCUAAGUUGUUAUUUGCAUCAAUGGUUGUCCAUUUGGUGGAGCUUGCUUAUCCAGCACUAGAUCCACAACUUCAGUGGUAUGAUUGGGGAUCUUUGUUAAUGUUGAAAGGUUUGUCGUGUCUUUGUAAUUGUAGAGCUUAAUUAUUUUGCAUUUUAAAAAAAAUGAAAUAAUGGGUUACACAACACGUGGUGAGACAUAGUUAGAGGAGGCAUUAGAAGGGAGAUUCAUUUGUUUAAGCACACAAGGAAGAAAUAUUAUUUGCCAAUAAAAGAUUGUGUUACUUAUGUGGAUUGUAUACCGAAUUAAAGAAUGUGAUUUGAUUUUAUUCA